GCCUCGGAUAAUAGACUUUGUUGUUCUACUCCUUGGCUGGUUCCUAGAAACUGGAGCGAUGGAAGUUUCAGCAUCAGUUAUUCAUUUCUCGAAAGUUUCGCAACCGAAGUCAUCCAAUUUUCGGAGGAACAAGGCGAACGAGCGUAAUCGAGACGAGGAUACUCGAAAAACAAGCCGGUGUUACAAGCGGAAAGUGACGCUUACAUCCCCCCCCUCCACCCCCCCAUUCCGGGUAUACGUGAAUGACGAAUGAUCAAUUAUUCGAUUUCAAUGAAUAAUUGCCGAAUGGAAUUGUCGACCGUACGAAAACGUAUUUUCGCAUUAUAUGUAUUUUCGCGGGUGUUGACGCUAUGCUUGAACGAAUAGAGCGGAAUUCUAUCCGUACAAUAGCGCAGACAUCACCGUCAAAAGAUGAUAGCCUCCGGUGAGGUAUAAUUAUGCGGUGCAACGAUUUAAUUACCAACGGGACGUCGUCGAUAACAAUUAAUGUCCGUUUGUUACAAAGCUCGACGCCUGCGCUUUCGAACAGCGGCGCUAGAAUUUUUUUUUUUUUUUUGUUUUUUAUUCCUUUCAACACAUCGCGAAUCGAUCACGUACCCGUACACCGCACUUGUAACGGGCGUGUAUCGCAUUAUGAAUAAUAAAUCUUAACUGCCCCCUACGGCUUCGGACCCAUUGGUCAAUCGAUAUAUAACACGGGAGCUUUGACGAUCCUUGACAGGAUAUUGCGAAUAAAUAUUCACCGGGCAUCCGCGUUCCCGAUGUUCGACCAUGAGAGAGUAGGCGGGAUGCGGGGAGAGAGAGAGAGAGAAAGAAAAAUAAAAAUAAAUAAAUAAAUAAAUAACAAUAAAAACAUAUUCCAUAAAAGUAUCGUGCAGUUGCCUCAACAGGUUGGACAUCGUUGGCAAUACGGCGGACCUACGUAGGCAUGUGCAUCAACGUUUGCAACGCUGAUCCCGCUGGAUUCCCUACACUUCGUUUCCAUCGGUUCGGUGGCAACAACAACAUAAACUCACCCGACCCGAGUUCCGAUCGCAAUCUAUUUAUAACCGUAGUCGUUCGCGAGAAUCGGCGCGCUCGAGUCUGACGGAUUCGACCUUCGGGCUCGGGGCGUGUUACGGUUACAACCGUUGGGAUUGAAGCCCGAGCAUAGAAUCGGGUAUAUCGGAAUGUUUACUUUUACAAUCGAGGCUGUUGUUACAAUUGAGCGUGGAGCGGAAUUUCCGUUUCACUCAGUCUCAACUCGGCCCGCCGUGGCGUCGUACGUCGUACGUCGAUCUUCGAUUAAUUAUAAAAUGUACGCGGUGUUUACAGGUGUACGAAAAUAGCGGUGCAACUUAUUCUUCGAUUCUACGCUGCGGUCGGAAAAAUCGCUACGAGGAUGCUUCCGUCCGAAACGUUCCGGACGAUCUUUGCGCCGUUCCAGGGAACCUCCACGUCGCGGGCGGUAUCCCGAUCCCCCCGAGAGCCACCGGACGCCGAGUCGCCCUACCCUCUCGACCUUUGGCGGAUUUCGUCGAGCCCACGGCACUCCGCGCGACGAUAUGACGAAUCUCUGCCGCACGCUGCUGUGGAUGUGCUGGUUCCUCGUGUUGAUCGAGUGCUACGAGAAACCGAAGAACCACGACGAGGAGGACGAGAGCUCGAAACUCAUAAGGAUCGCGGGCGACAUCAUAUUCGGGGGGAUAUUCCCGAUGCACGAACAGGUGCCGGGUACUCUGGGGCAAUCGCCCUGCGGGGCCGUCAAGGAGGAGAAGGGAGUCCAGCGUCUCGAGGCGAUGCUCUACGCCCUCGACGAACUGAACAACGACACGACCCUCCUCCCGAACACCACGCUGGGCGGACUGAUCCUCGACUCGUGCAGCAGCGAUACCUACGCCCUUGACCAGAGCAUGGAGUUCGUCAGAUCCUACAUGAAUCAGGAUAUGUCCGAGUACAAAUGCGAGAGCGGGAAACCGCCGGUUUACGUCCCGCACAAACCGGUUACCGGAGUGAUCGGAGCGUCCUUCAGCGUGGUCUCCAUCAUGGUGGCGAACAUCCUGAGACUGUUCAAGAUACCUCAGCUGAGCUACGCCUCCACGAGCACCGAACUCUCCGACAAAAGCCGCUUCGAAUACUUCAGUCGCGUGGUGCCCCCGGACAAUUUCCAGGCUCAGGCGAUGGUCGAGGUCGUGCGCCGACUGGGAUGGAAAUACGUCUCCACCGUAGCGGUAGAGGGCGAUUACGGAGAGAAGGGCAUCGCCAGUUUCACGUCGCUCUCCGUCGAGUACGGGAUCUGCAUAGCGGUCAGCGAGAAGAUACUGAGGAACUCGAAACCGGAGGACUUCGAUCGCAUCGUCGAGCGACUAGGCGGGAAGCACAACGCCCGCGGCGUCGUCUUGUUCGUCGACGAGGACAACACCAGAAAGCUGCUCCAGGCGACGGUCAGGGCGAAUCGGACGGGCCAUUUUCUUUGGAUCGGGAGCGAUUCGUGGGGCGCAAAGGUCUACCCCGUGAGGGACCAGGAGUCAGCCGCCGAGGGGGCGAUCACCAUACUGCCGCGAAGAAACUCCUUGGAAGGUUUCGACAAAUAUUACAGGAGCCUCAGACCGCGAAUGGGCGAGGACGAUUGCGGCAAACAAUCCGAGAGGAAUAUACCGCACCCGUUAUUGCCGGGGAAGUUGAUCAACUGUCGCAACAUUUGGUACAGGGAAUUCUGGUCGCAGCAUCACAAAUGCAGCUUCGGACCGGCGGUACCGCCGGGUGCGAGGAAAUGCACCGGGGACGAGGAGCUCGUCGAUUACGAACAGGAGGGACUCGUGCCCUUCGUAGUCGACGCGGUCUACGCCAUGGCCUACGCGGUUCACAACAUAAUAGAAGACGAGUGCGUUCGAGGGCGUGGAACGGCCCAUUAUCUCUGCGAGACCCUGAGACCCGCACCACAGGGGCAACAUCUUCUCCACUACAUACACAACGUGACCUUCAUCGGUCGUCAAGGGACGGAGAUCAAGUUCAACGCGGACGGUGACGCUUACGGGUUUUACAACAUAUAUCAGUAUCAGCACAGCGAGGAAGGGCGGUUCGACUACACGCCGAUCGGAACGUGGAAAGAAAUACUCGAACUAGACGUCAAUAUGACCAGGUGGGCGACCGGACCCGGCGAGGAGAACAUACCGAGGAGCACCUGCAGCGAGAGCUGCCCCCUCGGUCACGUGAGGAACUUUCAGGAAGCCUGCUGCUGGAGCUGCGUCGCUUGUCGCGAGGACGCCUACGUGUUCAACGACACCUGUCGCAGCUGCGAUCCGGGCUACGCUCCCGACAAGACGAAAACGCGAUGCCUGAAACUGGCGGCCGAGGUGAUCCCCUGGAGCAGCCCCUGGGCCAUCGUACCCCUGACCUUCGCCUCCGUCGGGAUUCUCAGCACCCUCUUCACCACCGCCGUCUUCGUCAGAUUCAACCGCACCCCGGUGAUAAUGGCGUCCGGUAGGGAACUCUGCUACGUCCUGCUAGUCGGUAUUCUAUCCUGUUACGGUAUGAGUUUCGUGAUUCUGAGCAAACCGACCACCUGGAACUGCACCUACCUGAGGAUCGGCCUCGGUCUUUGCCUGAGUAUCUGCUACAGCGCUAUACUGACGAAAACGAACAGGAUAUCGAGGAUUUUCAAUCAAGGGAUAAAGAGCAUCAAGAGGCCCUCGUACACCUCGCCGAGGAGUCAGGUGGCUAUCGCCAUCGGGAUCACGGCAGUCCAGCUAAUCGGAGCUAUAGCCUGGCUGGUCAUCGAGCCCCCGGACAUCAAAGAGAUCCACCCUUACCCCCUGACCGCGGUACUCACCUGCCGCGUCUCCACCUUCUCCCUCAUGAUGUCCCUCGUCUACAACAUGAUACUGAUACUCAUGUGCACCCUGUACGCUUUCAAGACGCGAAAGAUACCGGAGAACUUCAACGAGGCGAAGUACAUCGGAUUCACCAUGUACUCCACCUGCAUAGUUUGGCUCGCCUUCGUACCAAUUUAUUUCGGCACCAACAACGACUACAAGAUCCAGAUCGCCAGCAUGUGCAUGUGCAUAAACAUCUCGGCGACGGUGGCUCUCGGUUGUCUAUUCACCCCCAAGGUCUACCUCGUGCUCUUCCAGCCGUACAAAAACGUCAGACCCGGUCACGCGAACACCGCGCAGAGCCAGGGGACGAGCCGACCGGCGUACAGCAUGAGGUUUUCCGGGGCGAGGAGCCAGACGAUGCAGAGCGUGACCUCCGGUUCGAGGAGCAGUCCGCCGAGGCAGACGCGUGGCGAGUCGAACGCGAAGCAAUCGAACGGCGAACACCAGGCUCUGGCGAGCCCCUCGGUGGAGGAGACCUCCGUUAGCUAGGUGGCUCUGAUACACCUCCGUCAAGGUCCUCGGGAUCGGCGAAGCUCGUCGGACCCCGACGAGAUAUCGGGGUCGCCGACGGACGUGGCGGAGGUGUAUGAACGUAACGAGGGAAAAUUGUCGACGGUAGCCGAAUUAUCCGAGCUCACCGACACGCCGACGCCACCGGCGCACGACAGGUCGGACGGAUCGGGGAAUCGGGGCGAUCGCUCGGCCUCCGGCUCGGUACAGUCGAACGACUCGCCGGAGGACUCGAAAUCGGGGGUGCCCACCAUCUCGGCGACGUUGAGGAUGCGCCUGGGCGAAGAAACGACGUCGUUCCGUCAACCGACGUCGGAAGAAAAUUUCGAUAAAUCCCGACGAUGUUCCUCUUCGACAUUCAGUCGUCGAAGAAUAGUUUCCAGUUGCGUAUCCGAUCGUGGCUGCGAAUCGGACAAUUGAAAGAGAAAUCUAAUCACAGCCGCAUAUCGAGGGCGUUGGAUAUCGUUAUCAACCCCUCCUGGUCAAGAUAUCCGUUCGAAUUAUCCGGUUCGACGAAUCGGUGCGAAUCGAGAAUACCGGAUAUUAUUAUCCGCCGAUGAGCGAAGCUCGUGGAGCCGAACGAGGCUCUGCUUGUCGUUCCUUUUAUCUGUAAGGUAUUUAUCUGAAAUUUAUUUCAAAUAGAUAUAGAAUGGGGAGGGGGGUAAAAAAAAUUGAACUUGCGGCACGAUAAGAAUUGUUAGUUAUAAGAAUUGUUGAAUACGAAUUACGUGAGAUAAGCUAUUACUUUAAGGUAUGCUAAUGAUCACAUGUGUAUAAUUAUGGGUUCGAACUCGCGAACUUUUUUCGUCAAUUCGUAGUCUAUACAUAUAUACUAUGUAGAGUAGUUGCAGGUGGUUCUUCAUUAGUCGACGAUUCUUAGGGAGAAUUUUUCAAUUUCGUUUUUGCUGUUUUCUUCAUUUUGUUUUUUUUUUUUUUCUUUCUUUUGUAUCAUUGUAGACAUUUUUGGGACGCAGAUCGUUAUCGCCGAAAGUAAAUUAUCUAUAAUAACACGUUACAUUGUAAUAUACAUAUUGAAUCGUACGUUGAAUUAUAUGAAUAUAUCAUAGAUUGGUGCCUACGAAACGUAGGUUUAUCAAUAUCUUUUAUGAAAUGUGAAAUUACUGGACGCUUAUGUACCUAUACAUAAAAUUAAGACGAAAGACUAUUAACAAAUAUUAGGGAUGUAACUUAAUUUGAUAAUUAUAUAUACAUAUAUAUAUAUAUACUAUACUCGGUGGUCGUAAUUACGUACAGUGCUAUUAUCACAUAAUGAGAAACGAUCCAAUUAGCAUAAACAACAUUAUAUUAUGCUUGAUAUGAUAACGAAUACGUACGUAAGAUUCUAAGACGAAAGAAAAAAAAAAAAUACUCGUUUCAAAGUUGCGCAGCGAUUCUUCCAGAUAAAUUAUAAAUUAAAAAACGUACGCAACGUUAGGUAGGUAGGAAUAUUUAAUUACACGUAUAGAUAUCGUUAGGGAUGUAAAUAAAGAAAUUAGAUUACGAAAAAUACCGACGUGUAAUAGAAUUGUAUCGGUUUGUAAAUUAAUGAGGUAUGCCUACGUGUAUCACGGGUACGUGCGAAUGAUUGUAUGUGACGAUAAACGAGCGCGUCCAACGCGUGUACACCUCCGAAGCAUGAUGCGAAUAUUUAAUUGUUAUCUCCGUCGAAUACCAAUUCGAUGUUAUUUUUUUUCUCGUAGAAAUAUAGCAAAAAAAAAAAAAUCAAUGCAACGAAGGCAUCGCUAUUGAUAGGUAUACGUAAUACAAUCAACCUGUGCAAUCAGACUGCGGCCAAGAGACGAGUAGCAAAAACUAGCCUUAUACUGUAUUAGCGGAGAAAAAAGAAACAACAAUCAUGUACCUAUAUUCUAAUUCGAAAACAAAAAAAGAAAAAAAAAUUUAUUAAAAAAUUAACAAAUCAGCACAAGGUACCCGGUACCCUGUCACCUCUGUGCCAACGAUGCAGGACUGUAAAAUAGGACGAUCGGAACGAGACCUCGACUGAAAUGUGAAUUGGUAUCCACUUCGCGAAUGACAAAGUUCCACCCUAAAUUACCUCUCCACCAGAAAUUUGAAACUUUUAACGUGCGAAACGUUGGACGGAAUGGUACGAACGAAGAUUUUAGUCGAUGGUCCUCCGGCGAACCGAAAAUACGUAGAUUGUUCUGCGGAGACGAGUUACGAUGUAGAUCGAUGGUGUGUUUAAUAUAUUCUAUAAUAAAUGUUGUCGAGAAAAUUUGUUAUAUAUUGAAGAAUAUGAACAUGUUAACGUUAUUCGGUAAUCAGUUUAUCAUUCUCCAGCGUAUAAAAAAUACAUUAACGUUAUACAGUU